AUGACUAACUUCUAUUUUGUUUUUGUAGAUCCAGUUGCAGCGAAUAAUCCAAAUUUUGAUGGCUGUGAAUGUGUCAGUGGCAAUUCGUCGUUUUAUUGUUGUCAACCCAUCUCUGUCUACCGCUUUAGUGAGUUAGGUAAGAAAUUUCAAAUGCACUUAUUAGAAAUUUCAGUAAAGACAAAAAAACAGCACUGAUUGCAUAUACAUUUUGAAGGGUCUUCUAUCGAUCACGCGCUGUCGUGUCUCCAAGGCGCAGCUGUUUCAGUAGAAGAGUAACUUAUGACGGGGAUUACGUCCAUGGGAGAUUGCAUUCCAUUGCUUUUUCACCCAUUACACUAGUCUACACAGGUUAUGGACUAAAACAGUACUACGAAAUUAUUAGCUGGGUCUAAAAAAACUCAUUCUUAUUUUCCCAGUUUGUGUGAAUGUGUCAAGCGUGGAUACACAGAAUGUAAGAAACUCAGUUUUUCACUGCUAACACUGAAUUUAAUUUCCCUGUAUUGCUUAAUGAACCUGACACUUUUAGGAAUUGAACGUUGAGUUUUGCUCGAAUUAGGUUAUACCAUUCACCUUGUCUGCAGAUGGAAAGUCACGCCUUACUGAUACGUACUCAGGUACAGAGUUUCUUAUGAUGAUAUUGUUAAGGCUAAAUUUGGUAGGAAUAAUUUUUUUUAUCUUUGCAAUCCAGUAAACACCCCUUGAUUUAGGGUUUUCAUUUAUGUCGUAUGAAAAUUUAUCGGAACUAGAGAACAGUCAAUAUGAGGAAAGAGUUCAAACUUCAAAGGACUGACUUGGUACACCAACAUGGAAGCUUUUUUAAAUGUUUGGUAACUAAUGUAGCUGUAUCCACGUAUGCAAAGCCGAUUGCUUCUCAAAGGACAUAGGUAGAAAUUUCCAUUGGGAUGAUGUGGUCGUAAACCGGUAUGUUACUCGGAGGGGUUUAGGUGUGACAGGUUUUGUUUUUAUAAAUUAUCAGGUUAUCUCGAUCUAGGAACGGUAUCACAUGUACACAAGUAUCUCCCUGAUCACCCGAGCCCUUGAUUAACUGAUUUCUUUCGAACACUUGGCAGAAAAAGCACCUCAGCCAUACUGUAUUGAGUUUGACAACCCAGGACCAGUUUACACCUGUUUAAUUUUCUACAACACAACGUUCACCAGCACACAGGUCAGCGGCUGUCUGAAGCUGAGAGUUUUGGUACAAGCUGAAAUCUUUAUCCCAUUGAGAUGUUUCAAUCUUUCACGACCUUCUGAUGUCAAGCAAGAGGACGAUUUUACAACAAACUACAUAUUUUAA